CUUGAACAUCAACUUCCUAAACAUGAUCGUUAGAAGUUUUCACUAUUCUUGUGUCCGCCUUGUGUCUUGUGUUCAGCUUUAUGACCGUUAACUUACGCACGUAUUCAUGUAUUAGGGAGUAAAAUCUGAACCAUGUCACAUGAGAAAAAAACUUCAGUCAGUUUGAGCUUUUUGUUUGUUUUGUGCUGUCAUUAGUGUUUAAACACUUAAACAUGACGUGGUGUUAGAAGAGUUUCUGAACAUGGCCGAACCCACGAAGAAGCUGAAAAAACCUGACGUGAAAAUCGUGUUGCUGGGUGACAUGAAUGUGGGGAAAACGUCUUUACUCCAUAGAUACACCGAGAGGAGGUUUAAGGACACAGUGAGCACAGUCGGAGGGGCUUUCUUUCUCAAGCAGUGGGGACCCUAUAAUAUCUCCAUAUGGGACACAGCAGGUCGGGAACAGUUCCACGGUCUGGGUUCUAUGUACUGUCGUGGUGCAGCUGCAGUCAUCCUCACCUAUGACAUGACCAGCUGGCAAAGUUACGAAGAGCUGGAGGACCGAUUCCUAUCCUUAACUGAUACUGCCAACACUGACUGCAUCUUUGCCAUAGUAGGCAACAAAGCUGACCUGACUGACUCUCAUGCCCAGGAUUUAAAUUCAGACGGAGAGGAGGAGAACAAGCCUAUACGCAUUUCUCUUUCUUCCUCCUCUCUGCAGCGCAAACAGGUGAACAGAGAAGAUGCCAUGGCUCUGUAUGCACGUGUGCUACGUUACAAAGGGCUGGACGAGAAGGCCUGUCUGCCUGCAGAAAGCAUGUGCUUUGAGACCAGUGCUAAAACUGGCUACAAUGUGGAUAUGCUGUUUGAAAAUAUGUUUGACUUGGUGGUGCCCUCGAUCCUGAAGAAGCGGAAUGAGGGCGAGAGCUCCACUGUUGACCUGGAAGCACCCAGCACAGGCAAGAGGAAUAAAUCUGGCUGCUGUACCUAAGAAGAGCGUCAAGAUCGGGAAUGCGGAUUUACUCCCUAAUACAAUGAAGGCACAGAAACUUGUUUAAACUCUGGUAACCUUUUCUGUUAGAAAGGAAGUCCACAUUUCAAGAAAUCAAGUCAUUUGUAAAUGAUCAAUGUUGAGAAUUGUUAUUUAACAAAAACAACUACUACUCAAGCUCAAAUCGAUAUGAAGACAACAACUCUUAAACAGUAUUUUAAAUUUGUGCUGCUGUGGUGACUUUUAAUUUUUUUAUGUUGCGCUGUGAUUCUUGUGCUUCCGUUUAUCACUAUUUUUUCAAUGAAGCCAUCUCAUGACAAAUGUGGAAAAAAUAUCAAGUAUGAAUUGUAUUCAAUUGAAAAAUAAACUAUACAAAUGAU